AUGGCGAUGCCACCAGAGAAGGGGAGCAGACCCCGGCGGCACAGCCGGGAACGGGACCCGAAGCGGUCGCGGUCCCGAUCCCGGUCCCGGUCCCGAUCGCGAUCGCGGUCCCGGUCCCGGUCCCGGUCCCGGUCCCGGUCGCGGUCCCCUUGCGAGUGGGACUGGAGCUGUCCCAGCACACGGCGCCGGAUGGAGGAGCUUCACUUCCCGUCGCAGGACGCUGGCUCCGGUUCCGGCUCCGACCACGUCCAGGAGUUCUGGGCUUUCUUCGACCGCCUCCGGCGCUUCCAGAGCCGCAAUCCUCCGCGGGCCCCGAGUGGCGACCUAGCCGAGCCCUCCCAGAGCCUCCCCCAGCUCGACCUCCCCCGCCGCUACGACCCCCGCGACCGCAUCAACCUGGCGCUGCCGGGCGGCCGGCGGCCGGUGCCCGGCGUCCCGCGGGGGCGGCUGGAGGAGUUCCGCGCUGCCCUCCUCCGCUUCCAGGACUUCCAGCAGAAGCGGAGCUUCGCCCGGCUGGCGAAGAUCCACCGGCAGCGGGCGGCGCUGCCCAUCGCGCGGUACCGGCGGCAGCUGCUGGCGGCCCUGGCGCGGCACCGGGUGCUGGUGGUGGCGGGGGACACCGGCUGCGGCAAGUCCACGCAGGUGCCGCAGUUCCUGCUGGCCGCCGGCUACCGGCGCCUUGCCUGCACCCAGCCGCGGCGCAUCGCCUGCGUCUCGCUGGCCAAGAGGGUGGCGUACGAGAGCCUCAACCAGUACGGCAGCCAGGUGGGCUUCCAGAUCCGCUUCGAGCGGCGCCGCAGCGCCGCCACGCGGCUGCUGUUCCUCACCGAGGGGCUGCUGCUGCGGCAGGCGCAGCGGGACCCCAGCCUCAGCUGCUACCAGGUGGUGCUGGUGGACGAGGUGCAUGAGAGGCAUCUCCACGGAGACUUCCUGCUGGGCUUCCUGCGGCGCCUGCUGCCCUCCCGCCCCGGCCUGCGCCUGCUGCUCAUGUCGGCCACCAUCAACAUCCCUCUCUUCUCCCAGUACUUCGGGGGGGCUCCGGUGCUCCAGGUGCCGGGGAGGCUCUUCCCCAUCUCGGUCAUCUACCAACCCAUCCCCAAGGAAGAGGCUCCCACCGGCGGGGGGAAGCUGGGGCGGGCUGAGCGCCUGGACCCCCUGCCCUACCUGCGGGUGCUGCAGGCCAUCGACCGGCGGUACCCCCCCGAGGAGCGCGGGGACCUGCUGGUGUUCCUCAGCGGCGUGGCCGAGAUCGGGGCCGUGCUGGAGGCCGCCCAGGCCUACGCCGCCCGCACCCAGCGCUGGGUGGUGCUGCCCUUGCACAGCACCCUCUCGGUGGCCCAGCAGGACAAGGUGUUUGACCUGCCCCCCCCCGGCGUCCGCAAGUGCAUCCUGGCCACCAACAUCGCCGAGACCUCGGUGACCAUCGACGGUGUCCGCUUCGUGCUGGACUCUGGGAAGGUGAAGGAGAUGAGCUAUGACCCUCAGGGCAAGCUGCAGCGGCUGCAGGAGUUCUGGAUCAGCCGGGCCAGCGCCGAGCAGCGCCGGGGCCGCGCCGGCAGGACCGGACCCGGGGUCUGCUACCGGCUCUACGCCGAGUCAGACUACGAUGCCUUCUGCCCCUACCCUGUGCCCGAGAUCCAGAGGGUGGCCCUGGACGCCCUGGUGCUCCAGAUGAAGAGCAUGGGGCUGGGUGACCCCAGGACCUUCCCCUUCCUGGAGCCUCCUCCCUCAUCCAGCCUGGAGGUGGCUGUGAGGUACCUGAAGGACCAGGGAGCCCUGGAUGAGGCCGAGGAGCUGACUCCCAUCGGCAACCUCCUGGCCCAGCUGCCGGUGGAUGUGGUGGUCGGGAAGAUGCUGGUCCUGGGUGCUCUCUUUGACCUGGCCGAGCCCACCCUGACCGUGGCAGCCACGCUGAGCGUCCAGUCGCCCUUCCUGCGCCCUGCCCACCCCAACCCCGAGUGUGCCACGGCCAGGAGGCACCUGGAGAGCCACCACGGGGACCCACUGACGCUGCUCAACAUCUUCAAUGAGUGGGUCCAGGUGAAGUCGCAGCGGAGCAGCAGCUCGCGGAAGUGGUGCCGGCGCCGCGGGCUGGAGGAGCAUCGGCUCUACGAGGCCACCAACCUCCGGCGCCAGUUCCAGGAGCUUCUCCAGGACCACCACCUGCUAGAGAAAGGCUCCAAGCAGCCCAGGGACAGCUACAGCCGGCAGAGCCGGCACCGGGAGCGCCGCGAGCUGCAGCGGCUCUGGCGCCGCCACGCUGAGGAGCAGGGCAGGAGGCCCAAGGUGCUGCGGCUGCAGGAUGGUGACGGCGAUGCCUCCUCCGGGGAGGAGCAGGAGCAGGAGAAGGGAGGCUCUCAGGGGAAGGGGCAGCGUGGUGUGGACAUCCAGGACCUCAAGUUCCAGCUGCGUCACGACGUGGAGGAGCUGCAGGCCGUCUCCAGCUCCAGCCUCUCCCAGGCCCAGCUGGCCCUGCUCAAGCUGCUGCUGUGCCGGGGGCUGUACCCGCAGCUGGCGGUGCCCGACCAGCUUAACAGCGGCCGCAAGGACUCCGACCAGAUCUUCCACACCAGGACUAAGCCAGGGGUCGUUCUUCAUCCCACCUCGGUCUUUGCUGCCAACCCGGAGCUGCUCCACGCCAAGGAGGGACCUGAGCGUGCUGGGAGCAAAGGUGAGACGCCCCCCCGAGAGGGGCUGAGCCCCGACCACCAGCUCCUGGCCUUCGUCUCGCUGCUGGAGACCACCAAGCCCUACUUGGUGAACUGUAUCCGGGUACCGGCCCUCCAGGUCCUCCUGCUCUUCUCCCGCUCGCUGGACACCAGCGCGGACUGCAGCCGGCUGGUGGCGGAUGGUUGGCUGGAGCUGACCAUCCCUGACCCCGACUCUGCCCUUCGCCUGCUCUCCACUACCCUGCAGCUUCGCUGCACUUGGGAGCAGCUCCUCCAGCAGCUCCUGGCAGGCCAAGGGGAGGACCUGGGCCAUCAGCCAAGCUCCCGAGACGUCUCCUCGCUCACCCGGGGGCUGCUGGAGUUCCUGCAGGUGAAGGUGCCGCACCGCCUGCGCCAGCUGACUGCGCUGGAGAAGCAGAACCUCUACGUCGGUCCCCAGACGGUGGCUGCUGCUCCUCAUCUCCCAGGACUCUUCCAGGGCAUGGAGAUGAAGCCUGACGAGGUGAAAGGAGGCCAUAAGGUCACUGACUUCCUCACCUACAACUGCUUGGCUGUGGACUUGGACCUCUACAGCGACUGCCUGAGGACCUUCUGGACCUGUCCCCACUGUGGUCUCCACAUGCCCUUCACCCCCCUGGAGCGUGUCUGCCAUGAGAGCUCCUGCCAGCCCCCCGAGGGUGAGUCCCCUCCAGAAGAAGCAGCUGGAAGCUCUUCCCAAGCCAGCUCUUCCCAGGCCAGCUCUCUGCACAGGUCCUACCACUGUGACAUCUGCCAGCAGCACUUCAGCUUCACCCCCACCCAGAUCCUCCGGCACAAGAAGCAGCACCAGUGACACGGUGCCACCAGGAUCCUCCUCCAAGCCUUGGAGGACCAAGGGACCCCAGAAAUGGGGGGAAGCAGCACCUCAGCUACG